GAGGAGAUCCUGUUCAAAGUGUUACGAUAGACGAUUGCUCGGCAGUUCCAUGCACCUUCCAGUUCGGAAGAACUUACCACGUGCAAAUCAAGCCGGAAUACAUAAACCCGGAAGUUGAUAACGCCCCAAUUUCUCUGGGCAUUCUUCAAUAUGGGGCCUACUUUGAGCAAAAUGUGACUGUGAACAAUCCAUGCGUUUUCGGUUGCCCGAUCACAACCAGACUGGAGUAUCCAGAGUUCGAUCUGCAUUUUAACGUCUCCUCCAGGUUGGUUCAGCUUCCCUCAAUAAUGCGAAUCGAGUCCAGCUACUUGAAUGGCGGAACCUCCAGCGUGGGAUUCUGCAUCGAAAUGGACACCACCAUCACCAACUGAUCAAUCCGAUCUAACUAUGUGAAGUUAUACUUCGUUUGUGAUGUUGAAUAAAACACGUCAAUCACACCUAAUAUUUAUAUAUGAAUCUUUGUUUGUGUUUGUCUAGUGUUCGGAUGUUGUUAACUUAUGGAGCCUUUAAUAUAGACGAUGUUUUUUA